UGAUUAUUGCUGUAGGCUACAUUCUAUUGUCAAAAAUUAUGUAUUAUAGGUACUCGAGCUCAGGGAGGAGGAACUGGUGGGAGCACAGGCGGAGGAACUGGAGGAGGGGGAACUGACUGUACGGACAGUUUGGGCGAUUGCGAGACUAAAGCAGACCUUUGUAUAGUUGCUUAUGCCUAUGAGGGAAUGUACCGUGAUUGUAAAAAAACCUGCAACCAAUGUGGGGUUUGUCAGAAUUUGGGAACAGACUGCCCUGACAGACAAAAAGCUGGGUAUUGCAAGAUGGAGCUUUAUCUUGAUCUAAUGAGAUGGCAGUGUAAAGAAGCUUGUAAUAUGUGUGGUGAUAUGACGCCCCCUAAAGGGAUACCUAUUGGAUAA